UAUGAAACCGAGCUGUUGCAGCAGCAGCGAGAUCGAGUCGUCGUUGCCGCCGCCGCCGGAUUGCGCCGCCGCCGCCGCCGACGGGAAGCGGAAGCUGCAAUGCAGGCGAGCGUCGCGGUCUCGGAGGCGCUCGAGGCCGGGAAGCUGUCGGCGGCGCCGCGCGACGGGGCCGCCGACUUCGCCGUGGCGUGGCUCGCCGUCGUCGUGGUGUCGCUCGCCGUCGCGGCGACGUGCGUGGUCGUCUCCUUCGACGCGCACGCGCGGCAGCCGGGGCGGCUCCGGCGGAUGCUCGACCUCGGCCCGUCGGUGCGCGGGGCGCGCCUGCUGCUCGCCAUCUUCGCGGGCCUCCUGGCCGCCGCCGAGGUCAUCCGCCUCCCGUUCUUCAGCCGGGCCGUCGUGUCCCCGCCGCGCCACGUCGUGCCCUGCCUCGCCUACCCGCUCGUCGCCCACGGCGUCGCCGAGCCGUGCUUCCUCGCCACCGUGCUCCUGCUGCUGCGCGCGUCCACCGGCGGCGCGCGCCUGCCGGCGGCCGCGCUCGCCGUGCCGUUCGCGUGCCUGCCCUUCCUCAGCGCGCACGUCGCGGUGCUCGUCCUGCCGGCGGCCGUCGCGCCGUACCCGGGCCAGCUCGCGCACGCCGCGGACGUCGACGCGCGCUGCGCCUACCCGGCGUACGCCGCCGCGCUGCUCGUCGCGCUCGCCGCGCUCUACGCGCCGCUGCUCCUGUCCGCGUGCUGGACCGUCGCCGCCGUCGCCAUCAACCGGCGGAUGCGCGCGAGGGCGUACGCGCUCGCCGCGCUCGUCGUCGUGCCGCUCCCCGUGCAGGUGGUGGCGCUCGCGCUCUCCUCCGUGUGGGAGACGCCGCGGCGCACGUCGCCGGUGGCCGCCUUCCUCGGGUUCCUCGCCGUCGGGAUAGCCGCGGCGGCCGCGCUGGCGAUCCUCGUGCUGCUGCCGGUGUACGACGCGCUCUUCCUUGGCGACGACGAGCAGCUGCCGGUGGCGGUGGCGGCCGCCGGCGAGGAAGCGCGCGAGCUCGACAGAUGACAAAAGGAGAUUGUGCCUUGAAGUUAACAUGUCUCAAGGCUAAGGGAUUAGCUAGAAAAAAAACGACAUGCUUUGCUUGUAUUAUUUUUGUUGUAGUUUUGUAAUAGUGGAUUCGGCGAUACACAAUUUGUAGUACACAAUAGUAACAUAGACCAAUUUUACUUCUUUUUUUUUUAGCAAAAUGCUAUAUGCAAAAUAACGCAGAAAUUUAAGUAACUUGAUA